AUGUUUGUUGCAUGUCCUCAUAUUGGUCUGCAGUGGGUUGCGCUUUUAUUGGCUUUGAUCAUGAGUUUCACAGUCCUAACAACAUAUCUUAUUUCCAUCCAUAGAGGACAUGUAAAUGCAGAGUUGCCAUUUAUCAGCUCUACAGGUGCUUAUCCACCAGAAAGUUGUAUAUUUGGUGAGGGAUUAAACUUAGCUGCUUUUAUCAGUUUGAUAUGCUCCUUUUUCUGGUAUUUAAUCGCAUUGGAGAGAACAAAAUUUAUGGGCAUACAUCAACCAAAAUGUGUUCUUAAAUUUAUGCUUUUAUUGUCUCUAGUUGCUUCAAUUGGUUUAACAUUGGUUGGGAAUUUCCAACAAGUUAACGUUGAAUUAAUACAUGAUAUUGGUGCUGGGAUGGCUUUUUUCGGAACCACGAUUUAUAUCAUUUUGUGUGCUUUAGUUAGCAAGCGAUACCUUGGAACACAUUGGUGUAUAUGGGCUUUUAGACUUCUCUUAGGAAUUAUGGCAGGAAUAACAUCAAGUCUUUUUUCGAUAUGUCAUACAGUUUCCAGGAUAAAUUUCAACGGUACACAAGAAGAAUCUUGACUUAUCGGCAUCCUGGUCAAGGUGUAAGUGUAUUUCUUCAGUUUUGUGAUGCGGCACAAUACUCUAUAUUCAUAUGUAUAAAUUUCUUGGAGAUAUUUGCAAAGUAUAGUGAUCCCAAGUUAGGGAGAACCAUAAGUGUUUGUUUUCUUGACUAAUGGUAGGCUUCCUUCUUCGCAGUGAAACUUAUUGAUCUGUUUGUGAUAUCCUUCUACACCUUAAUGGUUGUAGAUUUUAACAUUAAAUUCUAUACAACAAUGAUUGUUCAAUGCCUCUUCGUGGUGAAUGAUUCUCUCCUUAACUUCAGUUCAGAAUGAAAAUCAUCCUUUAAAUGUAUGUUACUACCUGCAAAGGUAAUUCGUUUGACAACUGUUCAAUAAUAUUUAAGCUUUGUUCAUCCAUAUCACUAUUCAGCAAUGUGUUUAUUAUUAAUAAUACGUGUUAAUGGCAGGAAUUUGAAAUUGUUUGUUCCCGAUUUAUCGAUCAUUUUGAUUCAGUUCUUAUCACACUUUAAACUUAAUCCAAGUGAAGCAAGAUCUAUUAUAUUAACAUACACAUCCUAUUUCUGGCUGAAUUUUCAAAGUUUCUGCAAGAAAUCAUGGCACUGUCAUGAGAUGAAUAAAGUCACCUUAAGAUCCAUUAGCUUGUCUAUAUUAGGUUGUGAUGAAUAAAAUUUAAUAUUAGAUUAUGAUUGUAUGUUUAAUUACCUAGCUCUAAUAAUGCUUAAAUUUCUAAGUUUUACUUAAAUAUUUCUAUAGUAUUUCGAUGUUUAUAAAACAUGUCGUUUCUUAUCGAAACGUCGUGACUAAUUUCUGUUAUUUACUUUAAGGAACUUAGUUACGGUUUGUUUCUUUGAUAAUUCAUGUAUGGUUUACUUCAUAUGAACAAAAUAUCUUAGAAUCUCGUGGUUGCUUUUUUAUCUAAAUAUUUAAUCUGUAAUAUGACAAGGUUCAAAUAACCAGAUAAUUAUAUGAAAAUGUAGAACUCAAAUAUUACAUGAGAAUAACGUUUGAUGCCUAAAUGGUUUUACUUUCAGGGAUUUUCAUUUUAUCUAUGCAGU